UCUUCUCACGCGUGUGUGUCAGGAUAAAAACCCGGUGAAACUGGUAAGGGAAUCCGUGACAAGGGACGCGAAAGCCACACAUAGACGACAAGUUUACCUGUUCGGACCUUCUUACACUAGAAAUACCGUGAAGAAAUGGUGAAUAGGGCCGCUUUAGCCCAAAGAUGGUUUUGGCCAAUCCUAGCUUUUAUAUUUGCCAUAUUUGCCGUGGCGUUGGCCUUGGCUCUCAUAGUAGUGACCAAGCAAAGAGAUGACCUGAGGUCAGGGACCACCACAACUGCUGCCAGCACGAGCAACGACACCGCCAAGGUCUGUGGCGCCACCAAUGCCAACGGGAACACCAUCAGUUUGGCUGAGCCCAGCAGCCCAGGACCGUUCCAUGAUCUGACCUCGUCAGAAAUCAAAACUCUGAGAACGUUCCUGGAGAACCAUCCAGACAUCAGGGCAGCCAAGGCAGGGGCAGCAACUUUGUCCUCCAGCUACAUUUUCAUGAUGGAUUUAUUUUUACCCAAAAAAGCGGAUGUCUUAAAUUAUCUCAACGGAACAAUAGCUACAGAUUUGAACCGCAGCGCUCGGGUAAUUAUGUUCAGAGGUGACAAGGUCCCAGCUGUUGUAGAGGAAUGGAAGUGCGGACCUUUACAGAAUAUUUAUUCGUGCCAACUUCUGAGCUCGACAGAGACCAGCACUAAGAAUCCAGUGGAGUUCUCUUUGAGGCCUAUUACUGAGCUAGAAAUCGGAAGUAGCGGACUAAAGUCAUUGUUGAAAACUAUAGAUGGUGAGAUCGGAACGAUUCUCCAAGAAAGCUACAAUGCCACGUUCACGACCUGUUCCCAGGCUAAAGAUUGCCUCACGCUGUAUGUCUCACCUGUUGGUUCUCAGCUUGUCAAUGACGUCAAUCAGAGGAAUGUGUGGAUAUUCCCAACCUAUAACGUGCCAUAUUACCUGCUACACCCACUGGGCCUGGGCAUCCUGUGUCAACUGAAUGGUGUGGACUCUACUAAAUGGUCACACAGUAAAGUUUGGUACUCUGGACAGUUAUACAAUUCAAUUGGAGAAUUUAAGACCGCCUAUAACACCAACAGUAAUGGAAUUAUCAAAAUCAAAUUGACCAGGCCAGCUCAGACGGACACACUAUUCUCGACACUGAACAGAAGAGGCGACGCCCAGCCUGUAAACCCACAGAGACCUCCCUCGGCUGUCGAGCCUGACGGCAUCAGAUAUUCCCUGAAAAACAGAAGGGUGACAUAUCUGAAUUGGGCAUUCAACUUUCGAAUGUCUUCAAUUAGCGGACCAGCGUUGUAUGAUGUGAGAUUUAAAGGGGAGAGAAUUGCAUAUGAAAUAGCAUUAUCAGAAUUCGCUGCGUUCUACUCUGGUAAUUCCCCUUGGCCGCAAACCAGUGACUAUGUUGAGAGUGCUUCUGUUGCUGGUCUUCAGUAUAGGUCAUUGGUACCUGGUGGUGACUGUCCAGAUACUGCAACGCUUAUCAAUCAGACAUUUUACAACCAAUAUGGCGAUUCACCGAGUGUCAGCUACAUCACAUUUUGUCUGUUUGAACACAACAAUGGGCUGCCUCUCAGAAGACAUUUGUCCUACACAGUUAGCGAGGGGAGCUUCUAUGGUGGCAUGUUGGACUCGGCUCUGGUACUGAGAACGGCCUUAACUGUUGUCAACUAUGACUAUAUAGUAGACUUUAUAUUCCACCAGAAUGGUGUGUUGGAAACACGCUUGAUGGCGUCAGGGUACAUCCAGACAAGCUAUUAUCGAGAGGCAGAGAGACCCUACGGAUUUCGUUUGGGGGAAAAUAUCCUUGGCAAUCUCCAUCACCACCUCGUCAAUUUUAAGAUUGACCUUGAUAUUGUUGGAACUAGCAAUCGUUACCAAACUUUGGAUAUAAUGCAAGAUCUGGUCAAGAGGUCUGAUGACUCAACAAAAGAUUUUUACCAGAACAAAAUUGUCCGUACGCUAAAGAACACUGAGGGGGAGGCUGUCUUCGACUUCAAUUUUGACACUCCCAAGCAGCACAUUGUUUUCAGCAACACCGCCAAAAACUCAUUCAGUGAAAGCAAAGGCUACAGAAUCCACAUAGAAGGUAUGUCCAAGAGUCUACUGCCAGAGAAUGUUGAUAACGAGCGAUCGAUUCCUUGGGCUCGCCACCAGAUGGUGGUCACAAAACAAAAGGAUGCAGAGAUUCGAAGCAGCUCUGUGUAUGGCUUGUUUGACAGUGCAAGGCCCGCGACCAACUUUACGGAAUUCUACAGUGACAAUGAAUCAAUUCUUGACCAAGAUCUGGUAUUCUGGGUUACCUGUGGUACCUAUCAUAUCCCACGUACCGAGGACAUACCUGUCACAACUACAGUGGGUACUAACAUGGGUUUCUAUCUGCUACCCUACAACUACCACAAUGAGUGUCCAUCUUUGUCAUCCCGAGAUGCCAUUUAUGUCCAUCACACUGACCCCAGUGACCUGAAGAAAGGUGUGACCGUUGAAAGGUAUGGCAACACUGCUACACAAUGUCUGACUCCUAAACCAACGCUAGAAAGUCUUCUUGCCUCAAACCCAGAUCGCAUCCUAGAGACCAACCAUGGAAACUACGUUUAUUAGACCAGAAGGAACAUUUGAAACAUGUAUGGCAACACUGCUACACAAUGUCUGACUCCUAAACCAACGCUAGAAAGUCUUCUUGCCUCAAACCCAGAUCGCAUCCUAGAGACCAACCAUGGAAACUACGUUUAUUAGACCAGAUGGGGCGAUUUACAUUUAGAUGUGUGUACAUGUAUUAGAUGUAUUACUUGAAAUCAUGGAGAACUUAUUUGAGACAUCAAAACUGUCUCACCAGUUGUCACAGUAGUGAACAUCUACUAACAGUAACAAAUAAUAAUGUUUCUGAUACCGGUACCUGAUCUAUCAGUAAACUAGAUUCUAACAUGACAACACACUAUUUAGCAAUGUAUUGAAUGUGAACGAUGGAUAUAGUAAAAUGAAGUUAAGUGUUGGCCUACUUGCUUUUAAAACCUUACAAUGAAUGCAGCCAAUUGAGACAUUUUUCUGAGGGUAAUAAACACUAAUAGAUGGUUGUAUAGGCCUAGAUGUAUAUAUAUAAUACAAAAUUUUCUUUUAAACUAAAGAAACCACAAGUCUAGAUUAUGAUAGUCAUUUUCCUUUAAUUAUAUGAGAAUAUAUCACACUAUAGCUUUAUUUUGCAUUGAAAGUUAUAAGUGAUAUGUGAAUAAUCUUUGAUAAUAAAAUUUAUAACUAGAAAAGUGAAAUAUUGAAUCUUAUCAUUUUUAAGCUUGUCUUUUUUUUUAGCUACUCUGCUUGAUUUAAAAAAUUAAAUUGAAAAGGCAACACCAGCUCCGAAAUCAAAGCAAGAGCCUUUAAUGCUAUGGCAUAUGUAUAUAUAAAUAUAUAUACACAUAUAUAUAUAAAAGCGAGACAGUGCUUAAAACUGACUAUAAGGGUAUGUCUGAUUUUUUUGUUCUGAUACAAAACUGUUAUUUAACUUUCUUGUCUAUAAAUAGUUUCAUGCCAGCACUUGGUAUAAUUUAAGUUAGGUAUUAAAUAAGAUUUUAUGUUUAGAAAUUUUAUGUUUAAAGAAGCAAACAUUCUCUUGAACAGAAUAUAGCAGAUAAAUCUCUUGUUUUGUUUGUUUUCACUUAAAUAUACACUUCAUCGCUACUAUUGGCAGAAUCAUAAGUAUUAAAAAAAAAGUUUUUUUUUGUUCUGUUUUUUUAUGCGCUGUUUUAAUAAAAUGGCGAACUAGGGCUGUACAUAGGGAAGAUAUAUUUAUUGGUCAUGCUUGUGUUCCAACUUGAUAUUGUCAAUAGCAUAACACAUUAUGUUAAGUAAGAUACUGAUUUUGUGUUAUACCAAUAACUAUACUAAAAUAGCAGUUAAAAUGUCCUUGUUGAUACACCUAGUUGUCUUUACGGGUUGGAAAAGACAGGUCAUUGUAUUUUUUUGAUUGAUCAAAUUGAAAAUCAAUCAAUCAUUUCUACUUAGUUACCUCUCGCAAUAGUUUAGAUAACGUUUUUACGGGUUGGAAAAGACAGGUCGCUGUAUUUUUUUUUGUUUGAUUGAUCAAAUUGAAAAUCAAUCAAUCAUUUCUACUUAGUUACCUCUCGCAAUAUUACAGAGUUUAUCAUUGAAUAAUAAACGGAUAUUUUUCAUGUACAUAGACUGUUUCAAUGUAAAUAUGAAAGUGUGUUUAAAAGAAAAUAUGAUUGUCAAAGAAUAGAGAAGUGAAUGAGUGCAGGAGUGGAAGUUGAAAAAUGCAUGUGCUUAACAGUGUUGACCAUUCCUCUAAAUAAGUACUGUAUAAGCAUUAACCGUAAAACUUUUUUGAAUAAGACUAAGACUUAGACUAAGACUGCUUUAUUGAUCCUUACGGAAAUUUGUUGUGAUUACAAGGACUCGUUUCUCAUAUAAAGACAACACAACAGAAAAUACACAUAAAUACAACAGACAACAUAAAGAGUUCAUUCAGCGACUACAAACAGGUAUCUUGGUGCAUUUCAUGUUCCCUGAUCAAUGAGUGGCGGUGAUAGAGUCUGACCGAGUGAGGUACGAACGAGUUUUUGUACAAUAUGUCUCUAAACUAAUUCAAAUUUAUGUAGUGUACAUAUUUUGAUUCUAUAAUAAUAUUAUUAUUUAGAUAUUUUCAGAUAAUUUUUUAGGCUUGAUGAUGCUAGAUCCAAAGAACUAUUUAGUUUUUUCUCCUUCCACUGGAACACUUCUUUUAUUGAAUGCAUUGUUUUAUUGCAAAGGAAAAUGUUAUUAAAUAAUGAAAUAUUAAACUUAAUUUAACUUCA